CUAAUUAAGAGUACUUCUAGAUAAACAACUCAUUGAUUUUAAGUAAUAUAUAAAGGGUUCCACCAAAGCGGAUUUGAAUUUGUAUCUAUUAUUAGAAAAAUCUUCUCCAUACUCAACAUGAAAUUCGUUUUGGCUUUAGCAUUAUUUGCCUGUAUUGGGUUAUCUGUGCAAGCUGCACACAAGAGUGUUGGAAACAAGUCUGGCGCACUUUGUGAAGCCUGUACAAAUAUUGCUCAAUUCAUCAAAAAUGCAGUUGAUAACGAUUUACCCGAAGAAGAAGUAGAGAAAGCCGUACAAGAAAUUUGCAACUUAUUAUCAGGUGACCUCGCAGAUUUAUGCAACAACAAAAUUCUUCCUCUCGUCAAAAAAAUCUAUGAAGGAAUCAAUCAAUCAACUCCAGAGGGUAUAUGCGGGGACCUUGGCUUCUGUUAAGUGAAAUGUGAAUAAAAAAAUUUAAUAGUG